GGCGGGUCAGGAAGUGGGGGCGCGGCGGCCGGGAGCGGGCUGGGGCGGCCAAGGGGUUCGGCGACGCAGAGGGAGGGAGCCUGUAGGCCGCUCGGUAGGAGGAAGGGCGCCCCCGCCUCCGUGGAGACGAUGGCGGAGGAAGAAGGACCAACUGUAGAACUGCGCCAAAGAAAAAAGCCAAAGUCUUCAGAAUAUAAGGAAUCUGCCAAAGAAGAGAAAAUCAAGGAUGCUCCAGUUCCUGAAAGAGCUCCAAAAUAUGUAUUAUUUCAACGCUUUGCAAAGAUUUUCAUUGGCUGUCUUGCAGCGAUUACUAGUGGUAUGAUGUAUGCUCUCUAUUUAUCAGCAUACCAUGAACGGAAAUUCUGGUUUUCCAACAGGCAGGAGCUUGAACGGGAGAUCACAUUUCAGGGUGACAGCGCCAUUUAUUACUCCUAUUAUAAAGAUAUGUUAAAGGCACCUUCAUUUGAAAGAGGUGUUUACGAACUGACACACAAUAACAAGACUGUAUCUCUGAAGACUAUAAAUGCAGUGCAGCACAUGUCUGUAUAUCCAGAACUCAUCGCCAGCGUUUUAUAUCAAGCAACUGGAAGCAAUGAGGUUAUUGAGCCAGUGUAUUUUUAUAUUGGCAUUGUUUUUGGAUUGCAAGGAAUAUAUGUUACUGCUUUAUUUGUUACAAGUUGGCUUAUGAGUGGAACAUGGCUAGCAGGAAUGCUUACUGUUGCGUGGUUCAUUAUUAACAGGGUAGAUACAACAAGAAUUGAAUAUUCUAUUCCUUUAAGAGAAAACUGGGCGUUACCAUAUUUUGCGUGCCAAGUUGCUGCACUUACAGGCUUCCUAAAAAGCAACUUAAAUACUUACGGAGAGGUAAGAUACAAACCUGUUUUAUGCAUCACAGUUAAUUCUGAGGUUUAUGAAGUUUAUAAAAUCUAUAUAUUUUCUCUCUUUCUGGGACAUUUACUGCAGUUUGAUAAUUCAGCUUUGUUGGUAUCUCCUUUAUUAAGCUUAGUAGCAGCCUUAAUGCUUGCUAAGUGCCUUCAGCUGAAUAUAAAGAAAGGAACUUUUGUAGCAAAAAAAAUGAAAAUAAUUAAGUUUUACUUGGUGUGUACUCUGACGGUGACAUUGAAUAUUAUAAUGAAGAUGCUUGUUCCACACAAAGAAAAUGGGCACAUGCUGAAAUUCCUUGAAGUAAAAUUUGGGCUAACUAUGACUAAGAAUUUUACAAUGAAUUGGCUCCUCUGUCAAGAAUUCCUGCAAGCACCAUCUCAGGAUUUUUUUUUGCGAUUGACUCAGUCUUCUUUAUUACCUUUCUAUGUUUUAGUAUUAGCUAUUUGUUUUAUUUCUAUGAUGCAAGCUAUUUUUAGGAGAAUUAAUGGUAAUUCCCCGAAAGAAACUGCUACACUUGAAGAUGGACGAAUUGGAGAAAGGCCGGAAAUAACUUACCACGUAAUUCACACUAUUUUAUUGGGUUCUCUUGCGAUGGUUAUAGAAGGGCUGGUGUGGAGGUUGCUCGGGGCUACCCGGAAAGCACUUACUCUGAGCAUGGCUGUGCCCACUAUAAUAGGUCUCAGUUUAUGGAAAGAGUUUUUUCCAAGAUUAAUGGCAGAAUUAACGGAACUACAGGAAGUCUAUGACCCAGAUACAGUGGAACUUAUGACCUGGAUAAAAAGGCAAGCUCCAGUUACAGCUGUGUUUGCAGGGAGCCCACAGUUAAUGGGUGUAAUUAAAUUAUGCACUGGAUGGAUGGUGACAAGCUUGCCUCUUUACAAUGAUGAAGAUCUUCUCAAGAGAAACGAAAAUGUCUACCAGAUCUACUCGAAGCGAUCUGCUGAAGAUAUUUAUAAAAUACUGACAUCCUACAAAGCUAAUUACCUAAUUGUGGAGGAUGCUAUCUGCAAUGAGGUGGGAACCAUGAGAGGCUGUAGGGUUAAAGAUUUAUUAGACGUUGCAAAUGGCCAUGUGAUUUGUGAAGAAGGUGACAAAUUAACUUACACAAAAUAUGGGCGAUUUUGUCAUGAGGUCAAAAUUAACUAUUCUCCAUAUGUAAAUUAUUUCACUAGAGUAUACUGGAACAGGUCCUACUUUGUAUAUAAAAUCAACACUGUGAUAUCCUUCCAGUCUUGAAAAAUAACAGAGCCUUCAUUUCAAAAACUUACGCUACCUGAAGUGUACUGCAAUUUUCUUCUACCUACGUGGCGUCUUUUGGAGAUCAGCAUUUGUACUUUUGAAAUAUUGCUGCCUCUUUUCCCUUCCUGCUGUUAACUGGAUCCAUAGUUCUGUGGGAAUCGAAGAUCAAGCGUUAGUGUCUUUGUAAUGUCAGAUCUAUCAUCUGCAGUAUUUCAAAGUGUCUUCCUUGCUAUUGUGUGGUCUUUAAAGGUUUUACCUAUUGAAACAUUUUCCCCGUAAAUCUUCAUUCUGUCAUAAUACAGAUAUUGAAUUUGAAUAUUUUCAGAGUCAGACUACAUUUCUCAAAUAUAACAUUUAAUAAAUACUUAAUGUAAUAUAAUUUUAUAA